AUGAUUCGGAACUAUUUCUAUCUAGGUGUGACUCUAGUGACAUUCGCUGGAGUAGCGCCAGAUUGGGCUGCUCCGGGUGUAGGUACUGGGGCGAGACCUUUCAAGCCAACCAAUUCGGUGACCAUUCGCCAAAGUGCCAGCAAUUUGUGCACGAAUCACUUGUUCGGAGAAUUCGUUGAGCACCCGGAGGACUGCAGAAUGUUCUUUCUGUGCAUGGAAAAUGGGGAUGCAGUGCUAGCAUCUUGUCCCAGCACCAUGCUAUUCAAUACAGAGAGCAGACUUUGCGACGCCGCUGAAAAUGUGCGUUGCAGCAAUGCCACCAAUACGAUUCCCCAAAAUCCUUCGGAUACCGAGCAAACAAAUGACCAGGUAACCGAUGCCGCUUCUUACUGUGCAAAUCUGACGCCAUUGCAGUCAAACGAUCGCAUUGUCUAUAUAGGCAGCUCCACGAGCUGUGGUAAUUAUUAUAUUUGCUACUACGGCCAGGCCAUACUGCAGGAGUGCAGUAAAGAGUUGCAUUGGAAUGCGAUCACUGGUAAAUGCGACAUACCAGUGAGAGCGCAGUGCACCGUUGGGGGUGAGCAGAUGCCCCCAGAUUCGGCCAGUAAUGGCAACCCAAGUCCGCUUGGGGACGGAAAUUCGGCCAAUGAGUUCAUCCAUUGCCCUGCCUAUGGCCAGCAUUUGUAUCCGCAUAUGAAGCGAUGCGAGUUCUUCAUUUACUGUGUCAAAGGCCAUGCCACUUUGCAGCAGUGUCCCUUCUACUACUUCUUUGAUGUCGUCACGAAAAGCUGUCAAUGGUCUCGAACGGCCUUGUGUGCUAGAAAUUUGCAGUUACCCCGACAAUUAAAACAUUCCUAA